AGGGGAGUGACAAGGAGGAGACAACUCACGACUGUCACCUCCAAGAGAGAGCGACCUGCACGCAGUUUUGAUCGGUGACGUGCAUAGGCGUGUUCGACAACUGCAGACGAGUUUCAGCAUCCGUAAUCAAAAGAAACGCAGAUUCUCCUCGGAACAGUGCAGCAGUGACUGGAUAAAGUGAAGAGUUGAGACCUAGGUGGACCAGAGGAUCCCAGUAUGCCCUCUCACAACAAACGCACCUCUCCUUCCUACCAUCCCGGCAGCAGACGCCAUGAACACAGGCACAAGCAUAGCGAGCAUGUCUCCAACCCAGCCUACUCUUUCUACCCAGAGGAGGAGCUCCUCCACUUCUACCGCUGGACUUCUCCUCCAGGGGUGAUGAAGAUCAUCUCCAUCAUCAUCAUCAUCAUGUGCGUAGCGGUCUUCGCCUGCGUGGCGUCUACGCUCGCCUGGGACUACGACAUGAGCAUGAUGGGAAUGAGCGGCGGCAUCGGCGCCGGGAUGGGCAUCGGAGGCGGAGGAUACGGUGGGAGCUACGGCAGUAGUUAUGGCGGAGGCUCGUCCUACGGCGGCGGUGGUAUCGGCGGAGGCUCGUCCUACGGCGGAGGUAGCUACGGAAGCGGGACCCAGACUGACCCCCUGGCGGGGAAGGGCUUCAUCAUUGCCAUAGCAGCCAUCACCUUCAUCGCCGUGCUCAUCAUCUUCAUCCUAGUGGUGUCGCGGCAGAACGCGUCCCGCUCGCCAAAGUUCUACCUGGGGGCCAUCAUUGUGUCUGCCAUCUUGGCGAUACUAAUGCUCAUCGCUACUAUAGUCUACCUGGUGGCAGUGAACCCCACAGCCCAGUCCUCAGGGUCUGUCUACUACAACCAGAUCAUACAGCUGUGUUCCCAGUACCAGAAUCAGAACCAAGCCCAGGGCAUCUUCAUCAACCAGUACCUCUAUCAUUACUGCGUGGUGGAACCUCAGGAGGUCAUAGCCAUCAUCCUGGGAAUCUUGGUAUUCGUGGGUCUGAUCAUCCUGCUGGUGUUUGCUGUGAAGACGCGUCAGAAGAUCAGACGUUGGGGCCCAGACAGAAUCCUCUGGGAGGAGACCAAGGUUAUCAGCAACAGCCUGCGCACACACACCAUCGGAGAGUGGGUGAAUAACGUGUCUGGUCAGCCGGACACUCUGGUGAAUGAAUACAACGACAAGGUGGGGGGCUCCAGGAACUUCCUGGACCAGCUGCCAGACCACAGACCUCUGUAUCUGCCUGGGAGCUCAGACAUAACAAGUUCGUUGGGAGGACUGAAGAGCAAGCUGAGGGACUACGACACUGGUGCAGAAUCGGGAGGAGAGGAUCUGGACGAGAUCGACUUUAACUCCGAGUUCUCUGCCAUCAUGAAUGAGCAGGAGCGUCUGGACUACAAGAGGGAGUUUGACCGGGACCAUCUUGAGUACAAAGAGCUGCAGGCUGAGCUGGAUGACCUCAACAUGGGCCUGGCUGACCUGGACAAGGAACUGGACAGACAACCAGAGGGCAGCCCACAGUUCCUGGAUGCUAUGGAUAAGUACACCCGGAUGAAGAAUAUGAAGAAGUCCUCAGACUAUCAGCUGAAGAAGAAGAGGUGCAAGCAUCUGAAGGCCAAGCUGUCUCACAUCAAGAGGAAGGUCAGUGAGUAUGACCGCAGACCCUGAACCCUGACCACCAACCCCAGUCCAGAGCAGACUCCACCCUUGUCUGUCCAGGAAACUGGCCCCAAAAGAAGGAAGACCAUAAUGGGAGAGAAGACCCAGAAAAGGCUUUUUUUCAAUGUGAAGUCAUAUGAACUUUUUUUAAGAGGGAGAAUUCUCUGAAUGUCAAAUAACGUUGUUUUAUUUUCUUAUUAAAGUUAGAUUGAUGUUGAGCCCCCCCCCACAGCCCCAGGAUUGUACCCACAGCUGCGGGAAGUAGGGAUGCUGCCGCACCCCCUGAAAAAUCUUGAUGAUGUGGCUCAGUUGAUAGAGCAUGGUGCUUGCUAUGCUAGGGUUCUGGGUUUGAUUCCCACAGAGGACCAGUACAAAAAUCUGUGCACUCACUACUGUAAGUUGCUCUGGAUAAGAGUGUUUACUAACAUGGAAAAGGAAUGAAUAGACCAUUUCAAUUUUCACAUAGAAAUGAGUUGCAAAGUAUUUCAAGAAAAUGGAUAACAUAUCAAUAAAGUUUUUUUUAAAUAUUC